AUGAAGUUGAGACCGGAACUUCCGCCCAAGACUUUGCCUCAAGGCACAAUCCAAUGCCAAGAGCUCUACAACUUCCAUGGUAACCGCGUCUUUUCCUCAACAACCGCCAACGGCCUCACCGUCGCCCUAUAUAUCAAACCAACCGAAGGCUUCGCCCGCUCCGAAGCCGACAUGCUCCACUACGUCUCCCUCCAACCGGGAAUAACCGCCCCAAAGGUCCUAGGCUGCUACGAUGUUCCCCGGGACCUCAUCGCGAUGGUGACAGAUCUCCUCGAGGGCGAAUCGCUCGACACAGUCUGGUACAGCAAGACCAAGACCGAGCAGAAAAGUAUCAAUGCGCAGCUGGAGGAGCAGAUACGGCUGUUUCGAAAGUACACGCAGCCGUAUAUUGGGCGGGUUGGGCGACAGGAGACGCUAAACUUUUACUUUUAUGAUCGGCUUCAUUUUAACUUUAUGUGGCCGUUUGGGUCGGAGGAGGAGCUUGAUUGUCUUGGGCAGGUGAGGUCGUCGACGGAGAGGAAUAUAUGGGGGCGGCUUUUGCCUGGGACGCGUGCGGAGCAGAAGUUCGUGCUCACGUAUGAAGACCUGGCUGCUCGGAAUUUCAUGAUGAAGGAUGGGAAGAUCACAGGGAUUGAGGAUUGGGGGGUAUAG